UGUGAAGGUGUUAAAUCUAGUCCCUAAAUAAUUUAUUAACUGGUCCUAAAUUAUAAUUGUGUAUUGUUGAGGGUGAGAAAGUGCGCCAAUCUAAUACUGGAAUCUUAAAAAAAAUUAGAAUUCUAUGUAAAACUUCUGAAGCAUCAAAAGAAACCAUAUAUUCUGAAUUAAAAAUUCUAAAAGUUAAAAAACUCUCUAUUUUCUCCAUCAAACAUAUAGUCCCUAUUUGCCCUAAUUUAGCUCUCUUCAUCAAAUUACUCUACAAGUUCUCUCCAUAGAACUGCUUUUGGUUGAAGUCAAUCCUUGUAGAAGUAUCCAUCGGUCUUAUUUCUCUUUGAGAUUUUCCAGGUGCUGGUCAUAUUUUCUCUUUUGUGAUGCUCGAGGACUUCACAUGAAGAAACACAGUUAAAGGGUUGCCACACAAGGAGGUAUAGUUUCAAAUGUGGAUGCCUUAACAACUUGGCAGUUAUAGGUCUAUAAUCUGGAUUUUUCUUUAGAAUGAUUUUUAUCAUCUUAUUAUGGUGGGGAAGUAUAUAAUCGAAAGUGGUAAGAACAGACCACGGUCAAUUAUGCAGCAUGCAUGAAACCAUAUAUCAAAUUUGUAUCCAUAGGAUAUAUUGACGAGGAGCUCAAGACACAAAUCCUCCAGAGUGUCAGCUAUCGAGGAAGCAAGGCUAGGCCUUAUCCAUCGAGCAAUUUUUCUAAUGCUCCAAAGCUAACAAAAUCCUCUCCUGAUGUGCAUGCACUUGAACUUUUUGCAGUGAAGAAAUUAUGCAACUGCCCAGCAAAAAGAGCAAUUCUAAAGAAUUCUUGGUGAGUUGAUUAUGGUUAUAUAUUGGUGCUAUAAAAUAUUGAAAUUGAGAGGAAACAACAACCACAAGGCAAGGAAUGGAAGGAGAAACACUUAGACGAAAUUAGGCAUAAAGAGGCACAUUCCAGUGAGCCUACGCGAAUUGGCCGCAUCACGGAGCUCUUCCCACACAAUAAACAAUGCCUCAUAGAGCUCUUCCCAUGAUAUAUCAAAGGCGUUGCAUGGCUUAUCCCAUAGGCAGCCACCAACACGACAUAAAGCUCUUCUCACACAUCGCUUAAGUCCUCAAAUAUAAAUAGGACUUAUUGUACUUUUUUUUCAAUACUCUUGAUGUCAUUGGGAGCUUGUGGAGUAUGCUCAACACGAAUUUUAGGGGUUUUCUAUAUUUUAAUUAGUUCAUUCAUAUAUUUAAUCAUGUAUUCAAUUAAUUGGAUUACAAUUUUGUCUAUUAGUGGCUAAACGCUCCCUUUCUGGGGUUAAGAAAAAGAACAUGUUUGCUAUCGUUAUGAAUUUAGUUUGUUUGGAUUGCUUAUCAUAUUUGGUUGUUUUUUAGUCCUUCUUUUAACAAUUUUAAGGAUUCGCGACACUUAGAGUACAUAUGUUGUCGACCUUGUGAUAUAGGGAGGAGGAAUAGGAAGAUAGAAUAUGGUGAUAAAUAUAGUAAGGUCCUUAUUCUUUUAUGAAAUAAGGAAUUUGAAUUAGCAUCUAAGAAAGGACUAUACCUAGAAGCCUUUCUUGGAUCACAUGUAAGAUGAUAGCCUUAAGCGCUUAAUUAAAUUAUUACAUCCCCUUUCAACGAUGUAGUUGUAAUGUCUAAGUUAGGUAGACAAUUAGAGGUCGGGACACCAUGAUCAUGUGAUAAGCCUUAUAAAACAAUAAUCAAGAUAAGUA